AUGAAGACAGUGGUUUUCAAUGCACACGCAAAAUCUUUAAUAUGGAUAUUGUUGCGCAGGGUAGUCGAUGAACCGGUCGUGAUAGUGAUGCAGGAACAGCACAGAUGCAUGGGAUUAGAUCUCGAUGAUAACGACAAUUGUGCCUUUCAAGUUGCGUUGUCCUUUGCGAACGAGUGUGUGCUCGAUGACGACGACAAGACCGACGAUGCAAUACAGACGAGAACUUCCUUCAUGCAUCAUGAUACAAAGCUGGCCACUGUGUCUGGUGAUUCGCGCCCAACAAAUGAUAUCAUUGCAAGUUUUAUUGGCGAUUGUAGCGACCAUAAGAUGAAGUCUACUGUACCUGUCAGAUCAUUACAGACUCAAAAUUCCGACGCUUUGAAGCAAAAGAUAUCGCGACGACGACUGAUUCUCAAUGAACGCAAGAAGCUUCUGCGCAAGGCUGGUAUCCAUGAAAAUGCCAAUUGGAUGAGCAAAGAAAGCAGAAAUGAGAUUGAGUACUUACAAGAGAAGAUUGAGAAGCUACAGCUCGACUUGCAAGUGCUGCUAAGUCGAAAAAAUAAACCAGGAUCUACUCAAAUAAAAUCACACGAGUCGAUAGAUUCAACGCGCUCAGUGACGCCGAUUCCACGUGUAUGGGAAGAGAUCGCCACUCGACAGAUGCGUCGACUUAAAAAGACAGAGUGUGAAAACUGUCACUUAAAGGUUGCAAUUCAGGAGCAGCAGAAACUUGCAAGGGUAAUGCGCGAUUUGGUACACAAACGAGAUUCCCAUUUGGUGAAUGAUUGCUCUUUCUUCAUGGAUUUUCACUUCACCAACCGGCAUGUAAUUCGCGUACUCAGCUCUCGCAGAGAUGGUCCUGGGGAUUUCCCGCUCUUAUUGCGUCAUCUAGAGACUGCUUACGAAGAAGUCGAUGCGGUUUUUGCCUCCAAUGGUUUGGAUAAAAUGGUACUCACUUCCAGCGACAUUCACAUUCGCGAAGGUGUUAGUGGCAAAUAUCUUGAAGCGUAUUCAAACAAAGUAUUACCUUUUGGGCUUCGUAUUGCUAAAGAGGCUACAUGGGAUCAUUUCAAAGGAUCGGAAAAGCAUCUUGGCAAUGGCAAUAUUUAUGAAAAGAUGGCAAAGCAUCUUGACGACCCAUACACAAUUAUAGAAGAAUUCACGAAGGAAAUGCAUUCGAGACACGCUCGAGCGGAUAUUAAAGCGCAGCAGCUUGUCCGUCGAUACAUGGAGCCCGACCGCGACAUUGUGAUCUGGGUUUCAAUUGCUGAACCUGUUGAGAUUAAGCACAAAAUGCUUCCUGGACUCACAUACCACCUUCGAGGGUAUGCCAUGACCAAACGGUCCUUGACUUCAACGCCUGAUGAGGAGGUAUCACAGCUGCAAUGCGUGUCACUGAUUUCACUUGAGCCAGAAGCUGAAGCAAAUUAUGGUGCCGAAACUGUUCGCGCUGUCACGAAAUUUUUGAUUGUGAAUGCGGCGCAAAAGAUGCAGGCUCAUCAGGACCGGAUCGAGGAUGCUCUAAUAGACAAACAGUUGAGAAGCCGCGGUGUCAUGAUGACUUGA